AUGUCUGGUUCACAAUUGAAAGGAAGCGGAUUCUUCAGAUCUAUCAGUCCGUUGCCAUUGUUAUCGGGAAUCAACUCUGGAUCGAAUGCCGGGUCCAAACAAUUAAGUUCCAAAGAGAAGAAAUAUGUCUCCAAUAUUGACAAAGCAUUAACGGUAUUUGACUCUGUUGAAGAAUGGGCCGAUUAUAUUUCGUAUCUAAGCAAACUUCUUAGAGCAUUGCAAACAAACCCAGAUCCGGAGACCAAUCAUUGGGUUCCUAACGAGUUUGAGAUCUCAAAGACCUUGUCCAAGUGUCUUUCGCCAAAGCUUCCUAGUGGAGUCCAUCGGAAAGCCCUGGAAGUUUACGUUCAGAUUUUCCAGAUACUUGGUCCAGAAGAGACUAGUUUGCAUGUGAACACCUGGCUUCCAGGAUUGCUUCCGCUGAUGUCGUAUGCCAGUAUCAGUGUCAAGCCGCAAUUGGUGGAGUUAUUCAAAAUCUACAUCGUUCCGAUCAAGUCCAGCAUUUUGCAGGUUGUUUUCAAAGCAAUCCUGCUCAGUUUGCUGCCAGCAUUAGACGACACAACGUCAGAGUCGUUCGACUCUGUUCUGGCGCUAAUUGUGUCUUUCAAAACGCAUCUCAAUAACGACUCUCAUUUCUGGCAGUGUCUGUUUCUCUGCAUUGUGACAUCUCCCGACAAGCGAUUAGGGGCUUUGGAAUGGUGUAUUCGCAAAAUGCCAUCAUUCAAAGUCACAGGCGACUCUGAUAUCAAGAAGGAAGAGAUACUGGACUCUUUGGACGACGAGACUCGGGCCUGUGUGACCCCGGAACCGGGUCUUCUGAUCAAAGCGUUCAGUGAGGGACUUAGAGACGAAAACUUGCUUGUCCAGCGUGGAUUUUUCGAUCUUCUCAUCACGAAACUACCGCUCAAAUCGCAGAUCUUGCAGGUUCUUGUCACCGAGAAGGACAAGCAGCUGUUGGUUCUGAACGCCACGGGAACAGUUUUACGCAGAGACAUGUCGCUCAAUAGAAGACUUUGGAACUGGCUCCUGGGUCCUACCACUACAGAGCAGGCCAAAACCGAGCAGACGGUUACAUCCGAGUCGAGAUCUCAAUUCUUCAAAAAGUAUGGAUUAAAGUACUUGACGGAUGCUGUGUUUGCGCUUUUGGAAGGAAGAGCCGACUCGAGAUCAAAGUCUUUGCAGCAGAUCGAGGCCUGCAAGAUCGCAGUGGCCAUAAUGGACAAAUGGGAGAUUGGACAGCUGAUUGUUCCGAAAAUACUGAUUCCAAUCAUUAAAUGCACAAGAGACGCUAAUUACACAGACAACAUAGGAAAUUACGACGAGCUGAUCAAAAAUGCCAACGCGUUUUUUGAUAGUGUUGAGACCAUCAACAUUUGGUCCGACGUGCUUCGUCUGAUCCGGGAGAAGGAUAUAGACCUGGUUCUGUUCAUUAUCAAGAACUUUCGAGUCGAGGAGGAAGACAUGGUUGUUCUUCAUCUUCCAUUGGCAUUGCUGGGCACAUUGUUUGAGUUUGAUGGGGACGCGCGCUGGCUCGAAUUAAUGAGAGCCCUUCUGACCCUGAUUCCCCAAAGAGCAUUUCUUCCUAUUGAACACGCCAACGACAAGUAUGUUCAUGUGAAGAAUGUUGUCUCAGACUCUUUCAAAGAGGAAGUCACCAAAAAGCUUGAUUCGUACUACGGAUUGGGGUUGGAAGAGGCGCAAUUGGACAUUGCCAGGGAGAAACCGUUUAACACCGCCGAUUUGACUGCUAUCUUGCUAAGUCUAGUCACACAUGUCACCACUGCGAAUCUUGGCAAGGAAACAGCUGCAUUGUUCUACAAUUUCUGUGAUCUCCUUGAUCAGCUACUGCAAAAGAUUCCGAACGGCGAAAAACAGUGGAGCGACCAGACUUUGUUGAACACGGUGACAAACUACCGGUCCAGCGAGUUCGACGAUACGUAUGUUCCUAUUGCGUUUGGAAUCUCGCUUAUAUUCCAGACAUUGGCCAGACAGACUUCUGGAGCUCAACUGUUGCAGAUUCUCAAGACGGUAAUCGAUUUGCUUUGGAGCUGUUUGGUUCAUCCAAGCGGAAGAUACCAAUUGGAGACAGUGAAGAUGAUUUGCAAGCUCGAACUUAGUGCAGACCCUCAUUACAUCGAGGCAGCUUUGGUCUCCUUGUUUCUGGAGUCUGACCGUCCAACCAGAGUCAAAGCUUUCAAUGCAUUAUGGACUCACUCGGUGAUUUUUAACGAGACUGAAGAUAUACUGAUCCGUCCAUUAAAGCUUUUGCUCGACGAUUUGAGCAGCGAAAACGAAACCCAUGUGCUUCUGGUGACCAGAUGGCUCAGAACUACAGUUACCUCCGGCUCAAUUAAAAAAGUGUUCAAGAUCAGCUGUUCAGGACUAAUAUCAUCCAACAAGUUCAUUGGGUCUGGAGUCUUUUCCAGAAAAGAAGACGAAGAUUUUGCAUUAUUCAACUACCAACUGACCACUUUCUUGAACCUAUUGAAGGCAGACGAGGCCUUUAUUUUAUUGACCAAGUCGGAGACGUGUACCCUGGACAACGAAGCAGAGUUCAGCAUUGUCACCAAGAAGCACUGGGAUAUCACAACUUACAAGUCGCUCAUUUGCGAGAUUGUUUCGAGCUUUUUGUCAAUUGACGCUUCGCAGCUGGAUCGCGAGACUUUUGAGCAGUACUGCGGCUGUGUGAGAACGUGUUUGACCUUGCUUGAACUGCUGAUUGACGGAACCGAGUCUAAGUUUCCACAGAUCCUGUCUCUGCUCACUCAAUUGUGCAAGAGAACUCGUCAGGAAGACGACUCGAUUGUCACAUUCUAUCUUGCCACCAUUUCCAAGUUUUUGAAGAUUGCUUCACAGGCAAAGAUCCCUGUUGAAAUGUUUGCUCUGGAGAACGACGGAAUGCCGCCAAGAUUUGCACAAGUUGUGUCUGACGGUAUUUUAAACUCAAAGACGUCGCUGGUUCUUGCUUCUUGGAACUCGCUAAUAAUCACGGCCACCAGAUUUGUGCCUGAUUUGGUUUUCAAGUGCACUUUUGACAUCACAGCCUGUUUCUGCGAAAAGCUCGACGAGUUCUUCACCAUCAACUCCAGAUUCAACCAGGAUGGAACGAACGAUAUUGACGACUCAAUUUUGGAACUAAUCAACGGGUUACAGGAUUUACUCAAUUUCAGCCACAGGUACCUCAAGUCUUCGAACUCUGGACUGUUUUCCAACGACACUUCCACCGGCAGGGAAUCGAGUUUCUUUGGUUCGGUGAUACAAGGAGUUUUCCAGGUGGAGGCUCCUGAUGAGAAGAGCGAGUCAUACAAAAAGAGAGUGGACACCCUCAAAGCUCUCAAGCUGGCUGUGGAGACCUGUUACUGGAUCUGGCUGUGGUCGGACGAUAACUCCAAAGUCAAAGCAAAUACAAUCACGGUUGCACCUUCGUCUCCGCUGGUGACGAGGAUGAAUUCUGUGAUUGGACUGAACUCCAAUAGCACGAGAAUUGUCGAUGAAGAAAAGCCGUCGUUCCUUUCGUUUGCAAAGACGUUGAAUUACAAUGCUUCGAGACUGAAGCACAGAACUAAAAAGAUCCUCGAAAGCAUUUACUCUUUAGAGCCACUGGAAACGUUGGAAACUCUGAUCAGUUGCCAAAGACACCACAACAGCCUAUCAAACAAGUACUCCACUUUGAAGGUGAUCCAUGUUUUGGACGGAGCAAAAUCAGAUAACGUUAUUUCGUUAGUUUUCCAGUCUCUCAUGUCUAGACUCAACAUCACUUCGUUGGAGCAGUUUAAGAGAUCUUCAUUGAUUGCCGAGCUGAAUGAGAAGGAUAUUACUGGGUUCAUGGUUGACUAUAUGGAAUCGUUAAGCAGCGACUCAAUUGAGGAUAUCUGGCCUCCGUUGACGACAUUCUUCAAAGAAGUGAUUGCCAAUUACUCAAAUUACAAGUCCGUUUUGUCAGAUAUUCUCAAAUUCAGCACUGUUGUUGGAAUCAAGCUGUCGCAAGUUAGUUUUGGAGAACAGAAGAAGGUGAGAAAGGAAAUGAUUGAGAUAUUCGUCAAACUGCUGAAUUUGGUCACCACUGUCAAGCUGGGAACCGGACACGAAGAGCAGUCGAUCACGUCAAUUCUGAACCCAAUCAACAUGCUUCCAGGAAGCGACUCGACUCACGAACAAUCAAGCUCAACAACAGCUACCCUUACCGGACAAACACCAGAACUUCACGAGCAACCAGAGAAUCCAGCAACUCCAACAACAAAACUGUCGUUCUUCCCAUCAGGAAGAGAAUCUUCUCCUGUGAAGGAGUCUCCAACGGAAAAAGACAGCGCCAAGGAGGAACUGUGCGAGACGCUGGUGUUUGUGGCUCCAAAGAUCCCAACCAUUGUGCAAGAGAACGACAAAGUUGUGCAAUGUCUGACCACCAUCAUCAACAACACGUUGAUUUCGCUCACUAAGACCAAGAACUUCAGCCAGACUCCAAACUAUGUGAUUGACCUGAUCGAGGCUCUUUCGGGAAUGAACCAGUGCUCGAACCUGAAGCUAUGGAAGGGUCUGUGUUCGGAUAUCUUGAUGGAUUCCAAGUUUUUCGACUCGGCCAUUAAUCCACGCUGGAACAAGAUCAUGUACAGCUGGAUCAAACAGGAUAAGGAGAAGGUGGAUGAGUUGAUAUCGAGACUUGUUCCGUACAACGGGUCGUCCACUCUGUUUAACUGGAACGACUCUGAAAUGUCCACCAAGACUUUGAACUUGAAGAGAACAGCGUACAUUCUGUUAAUUUCUCCAACCGACUUCCUCAUGAACAAUAUCAACGACUUGCAAACACGGGUGUCGGAUAUGUUGAAAAACUCGUCCAGCCAGUCUUUGAAGCCGGGAAUCUUUCUUCUGUUGCGGGUUAUUGUCUUCAAGUACACGGAUCCGCAUUUGAGCACGUUCUGGCCAACCAUCUACACCGAGUUGCAGUACGUGUUCCAUCAAUUGCUAGUUCUUUUGGAGGAGCCAACAGACAACGAGAAGGUGCCUGAAGCACAAACGAAGUUCGACAACGAGAUGGUUCUUCAGGCAAGCAAGUUGCUGGACGUUCUUUUGGUGUUGAAGCCAGAAGGAUUCCAAUUGGCAGAAUGGCUAUUUGUGAGCGACACAAUCCAGGCGGUAUACAGAGACUCGAGCGUUCCUGUUUUGUCGCUGAUUGACCGGAUCAGCAACGUGAGACAGAUGCGCACGCUGGAGCCGAGCGACAAGAUCCCUAUUCCGUCAGGACGGGUGCGGUCUCCGCUUCUAAUUGGACUGAACAAGGUGGAGAGCAUUUUUGAGCUGCGCGAGUUCUUUGACAAACUCUCCAUUUACAAUUACGAGAGCGAGUACGACUUAUCGGAUGCUAACAUGUCUGCUGUUGAACAGGACAUGUUUGAGGAUCUAUUUGGCUGA